AUGUAUGAACAGCUGAAGGCGGAGUGGAAUAAGAAGAGCCCCAACCUGGGCAAGUGCGGAGAUGUGCUGGGCAAGCUGAAGCUGGCUCUCCUGGAGCAAAAUUUCUUACCAACUACAGAUGCCAAGUUGACCAAACAGCAGCUAAUCUUGGCAAGGGAUGUUUUGGAGAUUGGCGCACAGUGGAGUAUUCUUAAGAAGGACAUCCCGUCAUUUGAAAGAUACAUGGCACAGCUGAAGUGUUACUACUUUGAUUACAAAGACGAGCUUCCAGAAUCUGCAUAUAAACACCAGCUGCUUGGAUUGAACCUCCUCUUCCUAUUAUCACAGAACAGAGUGGCCGAGUUUCACACAGAGCUGGAACGGUUACCUGCUAAAGAUAUCCAGGCCAACGUGUACAUAAAGCACCCAGUAUCUCUAGAGCAGUACUUGAUGGAGGGAAGUUAUAACAAAGUGUUUCUGGCCAAAGGAAACAUUCCUGCAGAGAGCUACACAUUCUUUAUUGACAUCCUGCUGGACACUAUAAGGGAUGAGAUUGCGGGCUGCAUUGAGAAGGCCUAUGAGAAGAUCCUGUUUAAUGAAGCCACCAGAAUAUUAUUUUUCAACACUCCUAAGAAAAUGACAGAUUAUGCAAAGAAGCGCGGCUGGGUGUUGGGCCCAAACAACUACUACAGUUUCAGCAGCCAACAGCAGAAUCCGGAGGAGGCCACAAUCCCAUCCACAGAACUAGCCAAGCAAGUGAUCGAGUAUGCCCGCCAGCUGGAGAUGAUCGUAUAA